GUAUCAACAGCAUGGCCAGCCUCUCUCUCUGUGAGGACAGCUACAGAUCUUGGAGAGAGCUGGCCAUUUCCAGUUACUGUGAGCAGCUGAGUCUCAUGCAGAGACUGAGACAUGAAGUGGUGCUACUCCACGGCAAGCUGGAGAGUCGAGAGGCUGAGAUUGAGAUGCUAAAACAACAGUUGGAGGAAGCAAAGAGAGAAAAAUCAGUCGUAGAACUAGAGUUUUCUAACUAUUGCAAACACACCCAGAAGCUGAUGUGUGACGCUGCAGUUGACAAAACAGAGCAAUGGCUGGAUUCAUUAUCAUCAAACUGAAAUGAAAUUAGUUACACAAAUAAUUAUCCUUAAAAACACA